UGUCAAAACGUUUUUGUAAAUUAAAUGUAGUUAAAAAUAUAUUAAUGUCCUGCCAAAUGCGGGUAAAGUUUUUCGUUUGUAAAAUAAUGUUUUCAUAUGAUCCUGACCAUUGGAAAUAGGACGGUUGAAACAGUAAUCAAUGUAAAUCAGUGAAUCCAUCGUUUACCAAUGAUUUUCUUUUUUGCCCUUUGGGGAUGUAUAUAUUCAUGUCAAGAUCAAUAGGAUUUGAUUACCGAUACUGUAAUAAGUUCAUAAUUAUUAAUUAGAGAAACUGAAAACUGAUAGUUGUUUUCACCGAAAACAUCAUUAACAAGUAGUAUAGUUGGGAGCUUAGGGUAUUGGCACAUUAGGUGCAUGACUUCGCAGCGUCAAGAACUCCAUUGUAAUAGGACCACCAAAUCUUCAUCUAAUAGGCAUCGGAAACUUCAACCCUUUAGGGAAACGUGACUGAAAGCAACAAUAGGGCAUUUCAAAAGUUUAUUUUCAUAUAUAAAGGUACACGACAUAAGCACAUUUCUUUAUCAUGGGCAGUGUCAAUAUAAACAGAAGCGUUAGCGAUGCCUUCUACCGCUACAAGAUGCCACGCAUCGUGGCUAAGGUGGAAGGAAAAGGAAACGGAAUCAAGACGGUAAUUGUAAAUAUGACUGAAGUUGCAAAAGCUUUGGGUAGGCCUCCCACUUAUCCCACAAAAUAUUUCGGAUGCGAAUUGGGUGCUCAAACCCAAUUCGAUUUCAAAAAUGAACGCUUCAUUGUCAAUGGUUCUCAUGAUGCCAUUAAACUUCAAGAUUUAUUGGAUGGAUUUAUUCGCAAGUUUGUGCUUUGUCCAGGGUGUGAUAACCCUGAGACUGAUUUAAUUGUAUCAGCAAAAAGAGGAACUAUAUCUACCGGUUGUAAAGCUUGCGGUUAUCACGGCAUUUUAAAAGAAAAUCACAAGUUGAACACAUUCAUUCUUAAAAACCCGCCCAAUAUGAAUCCUGCCGUGCAGGGAUCGUCACUAACGGAAGGAAAACGCACGAAACGAAGCAAAAAAGUAAAUGGUGACUCACAAGGUACAAACAACGGAGACGCCCAAGGUGACGAAGAAGUUGGUUUGGAAGCUCCAGCAGAUUUAACAUUUAACGAUAACACUGCAAACGAUGAGGACGAUGGAACCGAAUGGGCAGCGGAUAUUUCUGAAGAAGCGGUAAGAGCACGAAUGCAAGACUUAACGGAAGGCGCCAAAAAUAUCACUAUCACCGACGAUUUAGAGAAAUCUGAAAAAGAACGGUUGGAUAUGUUGUAUGAAAUGGUCAAAACCAAACGUGAUGCCGGGCUCUUAGAAAAUUCCCAAGCUCAAAAAGAACUCGUGAAUGAAGCUGAACGUCUUGAAAUUAAAUCUAAAGCAACUCUCAUUUUGGCCGAAUUGUUGUUUAAUCAAAACAUUUUACAACAGGUUAAGAAGCACCAUUCACUCCUCUUACGUUUCACUCACGAAGAUAAAAAAGCUCAAAAAUAUUUAAUGGGUGGAUUAGAACAGGUUAUAAGUAUGCAUCGCGACACUCUAAUGAACAAAGUUCCUGGAUUAUUGAAACUGUUUUAUGAUAUGGAUAUUCUAACGGAACCUGCAAUUAUCGAGUGGGCUGAUAAGGUUUCGAAAAAAUACGUUUCUAAAGAUGUUUCACAAGAGAUACAUAAUAAAGCUGCUCCAUUUAUCAAAUGGUUAAAAGAGGCUGAAGAAGAAGAGUCGUCUGAUAGUAAAGACGAAAGUGACGAAGGCGUCGAAAUUGAAUACAAUGAUCGCGUACAAGUAUCGCAGAUGAAAGCAGCUCCGGCACCUACAAGUAAGACAUCUAAAAUCCCUGCAGGUGUAGAUGACGACGAAGAUGAUGUGGACAUCGAUGCCAUUUAAAUAAUUAUACAAAAUUAAAACGUGCAGAAAUAGAUUUCAGUAAUUCUCUUUAUCAAAAAUAGAAGCUUGUUGCUUAUUUUUCUUUUAUGAAAUGUAUUACUGCACCAAACUUAAAAGUAGAAAAUAUAAUAUUGAUGUUUUAUAGUUUUUAUGUUAAACAUAUUUCAUAAUUGCUUGAGUAUCCCCAUUUUUUCUGGUAUGUAAAGCAGCUUCAUUUUAUUAAACAAAAAAACUAAAUACAGAAACUGGCAUUAUUUCAGUUGUACUUUUAAAUACAUCUUUUUUGCAAUUUUUGAAACGUAAUGGAGCUGCCGAUAGCAGCUUGAGAAAGCUCACACUGUUAUUAUCCUUAUUAUAUAAUUAUUGAUAUAUAUAUAUAUAAACACAUGUUGAAUAACUUACAAUGUAUUACAAUAGGUUGGAUUUAUUGAUUUAUAUUGAUUAUUAAAAAGUUGUAGAAGUGGCA